UUUUAUUGUCCAAAAUGUUUUCCCUUUUAACUCGGCCAUUUCAUCCGAUCUUUUGCUUUUUGUAUGGACCACAGAGCGAGGGAAGUACGCGGAUCCAAUGUCUUCGACGCUUUGUUACCUUCCUACUGGGACUCGUAUUGGGCUUCCUCCUCUGGAAGCUGGCGGCCCUGAACUUUACCCUGGGUCGCCUGUUCGUGAACCGAGCCACCGACCUCUACGUAUUCAUAGUCUUUGUCCUGGUGACCGGAACGAUCUUCAUGCUAAGCCUCCCAGUUCGUGCCGUAAUCCUGCUAAUUUUCGUGGCAUUGGUAGGAAAAUCAGGAAGGACAUAUUUACGUGCAGUGGCCUUUGCCUUUAUAAUAUCCGGACCUAUUGCUAACCUGGUGGAAAAUGCGGGCGAGGUUGCCCGUGUAUUUGUCUGCACUACAGUGCUGACCUACAAUCUAUCCAAAACCCGAUUUGACUUGAUGGCCAAGCCGUUUACAAACACUCUGAAACAUAUGCGAGGAGAUGUGGAGGAGAUACGACAUACCUUUUACGAAUUACAAGAAGUCCUGGUCGAUCUUAAGUAUGCCGUGGAAAAUUCAGACAUUGAAGACGAGAAAUACGGCGACAAGAAUACCAAACCCAUCUAUGAAAGAUGGGGCAGAGAAACGAAGAGAAUGAACAUAAGUGAAAUUGGAAAUGGAGGUAAGGAGCUACCAACUUCAGCUGCGGUUCAGGAGCGUUUUCAACGGAAUAUGAGAAAUAGGUGCAAGCAUCAGCUAAGAAGUGGCCAUCGUGUGUGUCUGGAGGUUUUCCGAAAGGGUUACAGAAAAUGUACAACCAAUUUUCCCUCAAUGAUUGGUAAGGCCAUCUGUUGGCCCUACAGAGUGGAUAUUAUCUGCGAGCUAGACCUCUUUGGCAAUCCGGAUAAGAUAUGCGACCCAUCCGCGGUGGUGCCACAAAACUUUGGGGAGACUUACGUGGAGUUACUGAAGGCCGAACAGCAACUCUUUGACAACAGCUCACAGAUAGAGGUGAACUAUGAAAUAAAGGACGAACAGUUCGCCAAGAGUCAACUGAAGUCCGCUGAGAGGACAGGACAGGCUUUUAAGGAAGACUUUGAACGCCAAAAGCGUAUCUUCAAUAAAGUCAUGGGCAUACUUCAGAAGAUCCUAUGUCUGUUCAUGCUGCGGAUGGUUUACGUAUCCAUCAACUACUAUGUGAAGUAUCUCAACGACGUGGAGUUCGACAACUUCUAUAUCACUAAAUAUUUCAAGCACGUGGAUCAGCGGCGUAGGAAACAGGGUAUUGAUGCCAUUUUGCCACUGCGCACCUACGAAAAGUCAAAGUACAUUGAUGUGGAUUACAUAUUUAGUCGAACCCACCAGGAGUCCACUACGGUUUGCUUUAGUUUGUUACAGUUCCUACUAGAAUUAGUCACAGCGGGACUGUUUAUAUUGAUAGACCACUUGGUCGUGGAAUUACUUCAGAUUGUCCGAAAGCGAUCGAAGAUCGUUUACCAGCAGGAUGGUGAGCAUGAAGUCCGAUUCAAUAUCAGUGGUGUGGGUCAAAUGGCGCGACUGCUGCGCACCACCAUGCAUAACUUCAACAUCCACGAGAAGGUCUCAACCUCGCUGUCCAACAAGGAGUGCCUUCCGAAUCCACAUGUCCUGCCAAAAAAGAUGUACUACCAGCUAAUACUACUGUACCUGGUCAUAAUAGUGCUGAUCUACCAGAGCACAACAUUUCUGCGAAUGCGGCGAGUAAUUUGCAGCUUCUUCUACUACAAGCGUGAGAAACAGCGCAUCCUUUUCCUGUAUAACCGCAUCCUGCGGAAUCGGCUCAGAUCUCUGGAGUUUCUGAUUUACGAUGCCGAGGAUAACCUGGCCACACAUCGCAUCCAGCAGCAGGUCAACGUCUUCCUUUGGCUACGGUUCUCAUGUCCUGUCGUAUUUGGUUGGAUACGGCACUUCAAGUUCGCCAAAAGGACCUGCAUGAUCUGCCGGGGAUUGGAGGACUCCACCUUCACGGUUUGCGUCAACUGCGGGCUGCCAUAUUGCGACGAUUGUGCCGAGGAUCUCAACAGUGUGUGCUUUCAGUGCGGCGUGGUUCUCACUAGAGUGGCAGAAGGAUCUGAAAGCAGCGUAGAAGUGUACGCUUACAGGAAAGAAAAGUAAUCCAAGGAAGACCAAUACUGCUACCGUACUGAGUCGCAAAU